AUGGGGAAAGGCUGGGACCCUGCAGUCCAAUUGAAGUUUGAAAGAUUGGCCAGAAAUACACAGCAGCUAGCCAGUACAUGGCUGUACAAGGAUGACAAUGAAAAGCCAGCUCCGAGUACUUCUCUUGCUUGCGCUAGCUUAGCUCUCUGGCUGAUGCCUCAGAGAGUAUACUGCGAGUAUGUAGCUACGACUUCAACUCGCUCUGCCAUGGAGUAUGUGUACAGUGCGUUGAUGAGACUGGAGCAAGUACAAGAAACUACGGAGAAUGGAGGUAUCAACGCUCCCCUCAAUGCCCUGAAGGAGUCUUCCGAAACCGUUGUAGUACUCAGAAGACACCACGGAGCUCAUGGUAACUGCCAAUGA